AUGGUGACGUUAACAAAACUAGAAAAACUCAGAAAGGAUGAACAGGCUAAAGGUUUCAAGCCUCUAAUGGACGAACUCACUCAGUGUUCUGGGGAAGAGUUCGUCGAAAAACUGAAAGGCUUGAUCGAAUGGGACAGAUCAAAAGAUGACUUGUACACGUGGAUUCCUGUACUUAACAGAAUUGACGCUAUGCUAGGGAAGCUGGUCGAAAAUUACUCGUACAAGGGCUCUGACCCCAAGAAACAGCCCGUCAGGCUUACAGUAAUGAAAGCAGCGGAUGAAGACGUUGCCGUGGGGUUGAUGGGAUUUACAUGCAGGCUGCUGAACAAUAGCUCCAAUAGGCCGCUUUACUCUUCGUUAGAUGUUAUGGCUGAUCUAUUGAACUGUCCUAACUAUAGAAUCAAGCUGGCUGCUACCAAGGUCAUUGCUACGUUUGGGGAGUGCCAAGUCAUUUCGCGACAAAAAAUUGAUAGCAAAAGCGCCAUAGGUACGCCUGACGUGAAGAGAAAAAUUUUGGAUUUGGCCCUUGCUAUUCCCUCGUCUUCAGCGGAUGACAGCAUGAAUCAUUUCGCUCUAUCAGAUUUGUUUUUCGACAAGAAAGCAUUUCCUUCAAAAUGGUCCAGAGUUGCGUUCAGUUACUAUAUUGAAAGUUCAAAAAAGACACAUAACGCUUCUUCUUCGGGCAGACAAGCAAAUACUUCGCUAAGGCGCUUUAUCCUUGGCCCUGAUGAGCUCAAAUCCAUGACUCUACAGCAGAUUUUUGACAAAGGAAUGGCAGAAAUACCUCCUGACAGAUGGUACGACUUUUCUCUUCAAGCUUCAGUUGCCAAGGCUUUCAGCGAUAACACCUUUGACAAUUUACAGCUCAGAAUCGUUAUUAUACAAACCAAGUUUAACGCGAUCGCCUUCACCAAUAUCGUUUACAUUCCGCCACAAGUCAGCUCAAAGCUUUUCGAAGUAGAUCCUUACGCAUUCAAUAAUCUGGCUGAUUUUCUCAGCCUUUCUGAGCAAAAAAUACCCAGGGAUCUUCGUCUUGACGCUUUGUUUGCAUUGGAAUGCAUAUCUCUAAAGCAUAUAUGGUGCUCUGACAUCAUGAGAAACUUAGGAGGAAAUAUGUCGCAUGGCCUUCUCUUCCAGAUUCUUAGGUACAUCAGCAAGGUUUUGCGGGAUGACACGAAUGCGGAAAUUGAUAACGAGUACAACGUUAGAUUUUCUUACUUGAUUUCAAACAUUGCUGAUGUCAAGUCUUUACAAGAGUCAUUGAUAGGCGCGGGCUUGAUAUCGAAUUUGCUCGAAGUGAUUUCGAUCAGGGACUGUCCUCAUAAGCGUACCCUCUCCUCUGCUGCUCAUUUGUUGGAAGUUGUCGUUGACGACGCGGACGCUGCCACGGAAUUUAUCACAAACAAUGGCUUUAAUGUUCUCAUUGAAUCCUUGAAUGAUGAAGUUCAUUAUGCAUUGGACCAUCCUGAGAUGGCAAAACCACCAAAAUAUUCAACCGUUUACUAUUCAAUUUCAUUUCGUCAGUUGACGUACAUUCGAAGCUUGUUGAAAUUGGUUUUAAAGCUGUUGAAGACCGAUUCUGGUGACAGGAUAAGAAAUUUGAUCGACUCGCCCAUCCUCCAGGCGCUAAACAGAAUAUUGGCCAAUAGGCCCACCUUUGGUUACACGCUUGUGACUUAUUCGCUUGACGUCAUUCAAACCGUUAUCAAUACUGAGCCUACCAUUUAUUCUGUCCUGGUAGAAUCAGAAACCAUCCCCUAUAUUAUUGAUCACUUUGAAGAGUUUUUAGGGCCCUCGGGUGAGCUGCUGUGUCUCUUGCCCGAGGUUAUCUCGGCUCUCAGCCUAAACGCCGAUGGACUGAAGCGCGUGAGAGAGAAACACUUAAUUGACUGCCUCUUUCAAAUUACGACGACACCAGAAUAUGCAAAGCUUUUGUCCUGGGAUGAUAACGCUUUUGACUUAGGCUCCUCCAUAGAUGAGCUCGCUCGCCAUUACCCCGACUUAAAGCCUGAUAUUGAGGCCGCAUUUCACAAAACGAUAAAAGCGCUACCGAAAAUUCUUAAGUUCGAUCAUCCUUAUGUCUAUAAGUCCUCAACAGGAAAGGGCGAAUUUUAUUUGUCGAAAAACGAAGAGGUUAUUGACAACGAAGAAGGCUCGAAAGAAAUCGAAUCUGGGGAGGUGCAAGUGGCUGCUGCCGUUGCUGACUGUUUUUCAGCGAUAUUUUAUGGAAUGACGCUAGAAAAUGUAUCUUGGGCAGGACUCGCUGAAAAAGUCGAUAUAAAGGAACUCUUGAGUGUGGUUAUACUUGAAAAACCACCCUAUGACUACGUUGGGUCACAAACUCUGCUGAAUUUUUCCGAUAUUUUGAAAAUGUUCGAUGACGAGCGCAGAAAUUACGCUCUUCCUGCUCUUCUAGAACGUCUUUCACAAAGCUUGGAGUCUGUUCGCGAAUUUUUAGAUUUUGGGUUCGAAAGGUCUUACGUGCUUUCGACACCAUACGAUAAACUAGAAGAGACGCUAAGGGAGCUUUCCAUCAUUAAUGUGAUACUCUAUAUCAUUACUGACACUUACGUCAAUAUUGCUUCUCUUUUCCCUAUCAGAGUUUUGCAAAUCUUGGAGUUUUUUGAGCAACAUGAUUUCAGUUUGAUAAGGAACUUGAGGCUGCUUUUCCAGAGAUGUGCCUUGGAAGAGAUGUUCAUUCGAGACAGGCUUCCGCCUUCUGUCGUUGCCGAAACUGCUGUGCGCCCCAUAGGGAACACACCACCUAUACUGAUUCACGCUGCGAAACCGACCAAAGACGAGGCCAAGGACGAUAAAACGUCUGCCAAAUUCAAGAACACACUACAAGACAGACACUUAUUCAUCCAAAUUCAAUCAUGGAGUUCAAUGCUGUUUAGAUGCUUUUUGAGACUGACGCAUGCGCGAAAGAUGAGCAUAGAAUCUAACGACCGCGCGCUGGAGAUCAGAGUUUUUGAAACGACUGUUGAUGAAAUUAUCAACAUGCUUGACCUUCGGUAUUUGGAGACACACAUGGGUUAUUUCUUAGUGGUUUUCAAUUUCGUCACCUUUGCAUUCACUUUCCCAAAUGUGACAACCUCUGCGGGUGGAACAAUUCAGACCAUUCCUGCUUUAUUGUUUUGCCAAAAUGGUGGUUUCAAGAUCUACUUCGAAGCAGUUAAGAAGCUUUUCGAUUAUCUGGAAACGCUGAAGUCUGUGGAAAAACUUGAAAAGAUCGAAUACAUCAAAGAUUCGCCCGAUGUUCUCGCUGUAACGUCCUUGAUCAAUUUGCUAUCAUUCAUCAACAAAUGCGUUCAAUUGGACUCUAUGGAAAAUAUUAAGAACACCUCUGAAUAUUACCCCUACGAUGAAAUACAGUAUAAUAUCACUAUUUCUCUAAUGGUAUCCGUUAAGAUACUAAGCUUGGGUCUUAUCAGCGAAAUAACUGAGGAAUAUGAACUGUUCCAAAAUGAUGAAAGGCGUCUGCCGUACUCUGUCUUCAAGCAGCUGUUGUCUCUGCUGAAAAAUAUCUAUAAUAACUCUUUUGAAGACGAGAGCUAUGAAGCCUAUCAACUUCAUUGGGAUUUGAUACCUCCCUCGCAACGUAAGGUUGCGAUGCUUCAAGAAUGUGGUAUAUCGGAAGAUGUUGCCCGCGGAUAUUUGGAGGAGGAAAAGGAUGAUUUACCCAUUUACGAAAGACCUGAUGUUUUUUCCGAAACAGAAUGGGAAAAAUAUCUAGAAUUAAAAAGGUCAGGCAAUUGGAAAACUGAUCUUGAGUUACUCGAUUCACAGUACAAGGAUAAUUCUAAUGUCGAUGACCUCUCGAAAAUGAGGAUAGAAUUUUAUCAAGGAGGAGGUAUGUUGGAUCGAAUGCUUGAGCUGUUGCCUCUAUAUCCCAAGCUGGUGAACGCGAUAUCGCAUACUCUUUUACAGAUGCUAAAGGAAAUGCAUGAAUCACCAACAAAUGUCCUUGAAAAUCUUUUAGUAAUGAUGAAAGAGACAGAUUUGGAAAGUGCCUCCAGUUUAGCUUCAGUCAUACAUUUGUUCGGGAUCCUGCUCAAUAACAAAGAGAUCUACGAAGUUGCUGAAGCUGAGAUCAAAGAGUUUGUCAGCUAUCUAACAAAAAGCCUACGCCCAGAGUACGUCAAUACUGCUUGGUUUUCGAAAGCUCUUUACGUUUAUGAAAUCAUCUUCGCAAAGUCAGAGUCACCAAAAGUCGAACAACUCUCCGGAGACUGGAAGGAAUGCGCUAAUUCGCCCUUUCCCUCAACCUUUAACGCUAUAGAUAUUUCCCAUCAAGCUAAGGAGGAAGUUUUUGAUGUUUUGAUAAGAGUCAAUGAGAUCAGUGACUUUUACUCUGCGUUAGCGGUUUCGCGGAUAUUGAUUUUGUACGCCAGGAACGAAUCGUUUGCUCAAGAAGUGGCAAAAUCUGGAGUUCUGGCAACGCUUUUGAAAGUCAUCGGUUUGCAUCAAAAGUCCGAAAAGAUCAAUUACCUUGAGUCUUCCUUCCUUUUAUUGGCAAGAAGAUGUUUUGAAAAUUCAGAUAUCGUCAAGAGUCUGAUACGGCACGAGUUGAACCGUGCCUUUACGAGCCGAGCAAUAGCGGAUAACAAAGAAAAAUCGAGAGACCUCGCUGGAUUGCUCUCAGAGAAAGCUAGUGUUGUACUGAGGGAGCCCAAUCUUUUCAUCAAUUGCCUAAGUGAGACUACCCGCUUUGAAAACUUUUUAAAUCCCAAAAAGCUUGACAAUUUAAGUGUGAAAAGAUACCCAAGCGAGUGCGAUGUCGAAAUGCAAGAUGCGUUCGCUUCUAGCGAAGAGAAGGUGACAUUGAAAAACAGAACUGGGAUUGUACACCUCUUGUUUACCCAACUCAUGGCCGCUUUCAAGAAGGACUGGGCAAAUGAUCCCUCUUCAAACGAGGAACUUGUCGAUGAUUUGCACAAAAAGGACGGCCAAAACGUAUCCAGAAAUCCUGUUUGCGGUUAUAUGAUCUUCCUGCUAAAGGUUCUUAUUGAGUUGGUCGGAAGUUACAAAGAAAGCAAAUUCGAAUUUCUUACUUUCAAUAAGAGAAACCUGUACGCCGAAGCCCCAAAACCUCGUACAACGGCUUUGAACUUCAUUCUAUACCAACUUCUGGACACUGACGACCGGAAUCAAGAAAAGGCGUCUGCUGAAAGAAGGGAAGUGAUCAGUAAACUUGCAAGGGACUUAAUUGUUAGUUUCGCUUCUUCAGUUCAAGAUGAGCGGACACAAAGAGGGGAUCCUAAAAUUGUGGAUCCAGAUAUGACAUUCAUCAGAAAGUUCACUAUUGAGUCAAUUGGUAAGGCUUUUAGGGAAGCGACUAAGACUCCAAAAACCCUCGAAUCAAACGUCGGUAAGCUUUACGGCUGGUUUCAUUUACUUUCGUCUUUGUUAGGGAACGAUGUCAACUACUUGCACUCCGUUUUAGACCCUAACAAAGUUUUUGUUGACAGAUACCAGAUUGGAAAGCUUAUGAUAGAAAUGGGAAUACCUUGUAGUAUUACAGACUGCAUCGCAUCUCUAGAUCUCAACUAUCCCUUUUCGAAGAAGCUCUUCAAUGCAUCAAUUGAGCCCCUCAACGCGAUUAAUGAAGUUAGAAGCAGAUUUUCCGCUCUUUUCAAAUUAGAGAAUAUCGAUGACGAGGAGGAGGUUGACGAUGAAUCUGAAAAGGAGGAAAAUGCAGACAUGUUCCGAAACUCCGCCUUGGGAAUGUACGACGUUGACGACAUUGAAGAAGACGACGAUGAUGACGCAUCCUUGAUAGGAGAAGAUGAGGAUAUUGCUUUUGUGGAGGGUGAUGAUGACGGACUCGAGGUCGUUUUUAGUGAAGAUGACUUAGAUGGGGAGCAAGAUUCAGAUGACCUUGGCUCUGAUCACUCCCUUGGAAGUGAGGAUGUUGACGACUCCGACGGAGAAAUGGAUUAUAAUAUUGCGGGUCCUAUUCAAGUAAGUUUAUCCUCGCAGGAAAGUUCAUUUGGCUCACGAGAAGUCUCCGAUACCGAUGAAUCUUCAUAUUUCACUGAUGAAGAAGGACCUAUGAAUAUGAUCGAAAUAGAUGAGUAUGGCUCAGAUUCUGCCAUGGACGAAAAUUUUGAUGAUAUUUCCGACAUUGACGAGUCCGAUUGGGAGUCCGGUCUCUCCGAGCUCUCGGGUUCGGAUGAAGACAAUUCAGAGGGAAGUAUCCAUGAGGGUGUACCUCCAAGUGAUAGAUGGUUAGCAGAUGAAAACGACGUAGAUGACGAGUCCGACGGCAAUGGCAGAGGUGUCUCUAGUUUCCAAUGGGUCUUUGCCCCUGAUCAACAACCGUUUAGAGUACAUGAUCGCUCCGCCAGUGCCCGUCGAGGUUCUCAUCACCAUCACCUGGGUCGGCGGUCUGGGUUUUCCAUGGUCAGUCCGUCAAUUAGUAUUCUUAAUGGCGGCCGGAGGGCUCAAAGCAUCUUAUUAAAUCCUCUUGGUCCAUCCGGACUCGAAGAAGUUGAAAAUGGAAUUGUUAAUCAGUUAAAUGAAGUGGGAAUUCCGGGGCGGUCGAGAACGGACGCAACUCAUCUUUCUGACGUUUUAUUUGGAGGUGAGUUUUUUGACGAGAAAACAUCUGCCGGCAUUUAUCUGAAAUCAACUACAGCCAGGUGGAACGAUAUCUUUGAGAUGUUCUAUGAUUCAAAGAUAUAUGUCAAUAACUGUUUGCCUACGAUUUUCUCGAGGAUUUUUGAGCCUAGCUCUGUUCUUUACAUAAAAAAGCGCGAGGAAGCGCUUCAAAAGCAGAGUGAGCAGAGGUUUAGAAGAGAGGAAGAACUGAAAAAGCAGAUGGAUGCCAAAAAACGCAAGUUGGAGGAUAUGCAAAACGAACCCGAAAUUGCUGAUUCUCAACACGAGGAAACGACUCAACACGAGCCGAUCAUUGUAAGCAUCGGUGGUGAGGAUGUUGAUAUAGCCGGUACAGACAUUGAUCCCGAGUUUUUGAACGCCCUUCCAGACGAGAUGAGGGCAGAGGUUUUUGCACAGCAUGUCAGAGAGAGACGCGCGGAAGCUCAGCACCAUCCUUUGUCUUCCCGCGAAAUUGAUUCUGACUUCUUAGAAGCAAUUCCAGAAAAUAUUCGUGAAGAAAUUUUGGAGCAGGAGGCCGCGGAGUCGAGAUUUUCGAGAUUAGUAGGCGCGCUCGACGAGAGGGAACCAGAAGAAGGAGAGUCUGAUGGGGAGCAUGAUGAGGUUAUCGAGGACGGAGAGCAGCCAAAGAGUAAAGCGUCAGAGAGGUGCUAUUUUUCUCCACUUGUCGACCGUGCUGGCAUUGCCGCAAUAAUGAGAUCGGUAUUCAUAGCGCAACCUUACUUGGCUCGCGAAGCUCACCACGAGUUAUUCUUCCGCUUAUGCUCAAGCAAGCAAAAUCGUAAUGACGUGGUGAAUUAUUUGCUACUCAUUUUGACUGAAGGGAUAACUGAUACACACUCACUUGAAAAAGUUUACAAUUUAAUCUCCAGCAAGGCUGUCGGCCCGAACAAAGGUGGACCUCCUACCAGGCAACUUCCUAUUGAUUGCACUCCCUUAAGCGUUGCAAACCAGACGAUUGAGAUUUUGCAAAAUUUGGUGGAAACAGGCAACAAGCUUAAGUUCUUUUUCAUUACGGAACAUGAAAACUUACUUGUCAAUCGGUCUUCAUUGAAAAAUAAAAAGGAUUUAUUCACAAAAAACAUGAAAUGGCCAAUAAAUCACUUGUUUGGACUUUUGGAUAAAAAGAUCAUUACUGAUGAAGCUGUACUUUUGGACUUUCUGACAAGAACACUUCAAAUUUGCACAAAACCAAUUUCCACGAUUGCCAAAUCUCUUCAGGAGAACGCACAGAGGAAGUUCUUAUUACCUGAGAUCGAAGAAAAACACCUAGAAAGUAUUGUUUCAAUUAUCAAAUAUGAUUCUUGCAACACGAAAGUCUUUCAACAAACCUUGAAUGUUAUGCUCAAUCUUCUGGUCAUGGCGAAUGCACAAGAAAAGUUUACACAGGAGCUAUCGCAUCUGGCACAGCCGGCCGUACGAAUACUUUCCGAUGAUGUCAACACUCUCAGCAAAAAGAUAACUGAUGUUGAGAAUGGAAGCGAGAUAAAUUACGAAAUUAUUCAGAAAUUUACGGUGCCAAGCUCAGAACAAGCGAAACUCUUGAAAGUGCUGACUGCAACAGAUUACAUUCACGCCAACAAGAAGCAUUUGACAGAGAUCGAGGUCGAAAAGCUCAUGAAAUUGUACGAUAGCAUGAAAUUGGGUAAUUUGUGGUCAGCUUUGAGUAAUUGUCUGACCCAAUUUGAGGAACGACCCAAUAUCACGUCAUCGGCGAGUAUUCUUCUGCCACUCAUUGAAUCCUUGAUGGUUGUCUGUAAACAUAGUAAAGUGCGAGACUCAAAGGAGCUGCUACGAUACGAAUCCAAAAAGUCCGACUUUGCUCAGAUUGCUGCGGAAAACACCUUCUUUGCGUUUACAGAUCUUCACAAGAAAAUUCUUAAUCAAAUGAUCCGUUCAAAUCCGAAAUUGAUGAAUGGGCCCUUUGCGCUACUUGUACGGAAUCCAAGAAUUUUGGACUUCGACAAUAAGAGAUAUUAUUUUGUUGCUCGAAUCAAGUCUGGUGGACAAGAGAGGCCAAAGCUUUCUAUAUCAGUUCGUCGUAAUGAAGUUUUUUUGGACUCGUACCGUGCAUUAUUCUUUAAAUCGAACGACGAAAUCAAAAGCUCGAAACUUGAGAUCACUUUCAAGGGUGAGGCUGGAGUUGAUGCUGGAGGUGUGACAAGAGAAUGGUAUCAGGUCCUUUCACGUCAAAUGUUUAAUCCCGACUAUGCUCUCUUCUUACCUGUGGCUUCUGACAAAACCACUUUCCACCCUAACAGGACAUCUGGUGUUAAUCCUGAACAUCUGUCCUUUUUCAAAUUCAUUGGAAUGAUCAUCGGCAAAGCUAUAAGCGACCAGUGCUUCCUGGACUGCCACUUCAGCAGAGAAGUCUACAAGAACAUACUAGGAAAACCUGUAUCGCUUAAAGAUAUGGAGUCUCUUGAUCUGGAUUAUUACAAAUCCCUGAUCUGGAUUCUUGAGAACGACAUUACAGGGAUAAUUGAAGAAACCUUUUCCGUGGAAACUGAUGAUUAUGGUGAACACAAGAUUAUUGACUUGAUUCCAGACGGUAGAGAUAUUGCUGUUACUGAAGACUGUAAGCAAGAAUACGUCCAAAAAAUCGUCGAGUAUAAGCUGCACACAUCCGUUAAGGAGCAGAUGGAUAAUUUUUUGCUUGGAUUUUAUGCGGUCAUCCCUAAGGAACUAAUAGCCAUCUUUGAUGAGCAGGAGCUAGAGUUACUCAUUAGUGGGUUGCCGGACAUCGAUGUUGACGAUUGGAAAAACAAUACCGUCUACGUCAACUACACCGCGACGUGUAAACAGAUCAGCCAUUUUUGGAGGGCCGUUCGAUCCUUCGACACGGAAGAGCGGGCGAAGCUUUUGCAAUUCGUCACUGGUACGAGUAAGGUGCCUCUUAAUGGAUUCCGUGAAUUGAGCGGUGUGAAUGGGAUUAGCAAGUUCUCUAUUCAUCGUGACUACGGCUCUACUGAAAGGUUACCAUCGUCCCACACAUGUUUUAAUCAACUCGAUUUGCCGGCGUAUUCUUCAUAUGAAACAUUGCGCGGCUCUUUAUUAUUGGCGAUUAAUGAGGGACACGAGGGAUUUGGGAUUGCCUAA